UUCCCAUUAGAAUCGCACCACCCACAAAUCCUAUUCCAACCAGUCAGCCCAGCACAUCACAAUCCCACAGUGGUAUUCUCGUGCAGGCAAAAUAAAUGGAAGCAGAUCGAUAACGUUGAAGGAGGGCAAAUUUUCCACCCCGCGACGGAAAACCUUACCCGCCUGCACGACGUUUUCCACCAUUUUUUCUAUCAGCCGUCACUCGCACCCACACUGUCGCACGUUCGCCGUGUCCGUAUACGCGCGUAGUGUUUACAAUCGGUCAUGUGUACGGCAAAGUCCUAAUGUCGCGUGCGUCUGUAGUGGUUUGUAUGCAUUUUUCUCAGUCGCCGUCGAUCGAAAGUGUGUCGUAUUUUUGUGCUCGUGCUCGAAACUCAGUGGAAAAUGUUAGUAAUCUGUCGGAAAAUUGUGAAAAAUUGAUCAGCAAGUGGUGCGGGUCCGUGCGAGCGAUGUCUGGAUGUGUACGGUUAAUUCAUUAGAUUAUUUACGAAAAAUUACACGCAGCGUUCUUCUGAAACAAAAUUAAAAGGAGCCCAGUCUACUUAAUUCAGUCUCCACAUAGAGUGUCCUCUCCCGAAACAUAUCCGGUGGUAACACCGGGGAAAAGGCAAACACUUCGCAGACGGGACAGAAAAAAAUCAUUUCGCGACAUCAUGAACGCCUCCACCGUUACAACGAGCACAACAAAUCACACAACAACUGUGAAUAAAACGUACAAAAUUGAAAUGAUCGAGGAUGGUGCUAUGAGUGGUCAAUCAGAUGAUGAUGAUGAUGAACCGCCAAGUAGUCCGGGUAGCACCUAUGACGACGGUCAGGACAUUAUGCAAAUGCACAUGGACGAUGAGGUGACAUCACAAUUGGCGGCGGCAGGACCGGUAGGAGUAGCGGCCGCGGCAGCAAUUGCAUCAGCCAAAAAACGUAAACGACCGCAUUCAUUUGAAACGAAUCCGUCGAUACGAAAACGACAACAAAAUCGUCUACUCCGUAAACUACGCCAAAUCAUUUAUGAGUUCACAGGCCGUGUAGGGCAACAGGCAAUAGUAUUAGUAGCUACACCUGGCAAACCGAAUACAAGUUAUAAAGUUUUCGGUGCUAAACCACUUGAAGAUGUCGUCCGAAAUUUAAAAGGUAUUGUUAUGGAAGAGUUAGAGACUGCACUGGCACAACAAGCCCCACCUCCACCGCAAGAAGAUCCAUCCCUAUUUGAACUUCCACCGCUGAUAAUUGAUGGUAUUCCAACGCCCGUUGAAAAGAUGACACAAGCACAAUUGCGGGCAUUCAUUCCGUUAAUGUUGAAAUAUUCGACGGGUCGUGGAAAGCCCGGAUGGGGUAGAGAGUCAACGCGUCCACCAUGGUGGCCGCUUGAGUUACCUUGGGCCAAUGUGAGAAUGGACGCUAGAACUGAGGAGGAGAAACAGAAGAUAAGUUGGACCCAUGCGUUGCGUAAAAUAGUCAUAAACUGCUACAGAUAUCACGGCCGGGAAGAUCUCUUACCAACGUUCUCUGACGAAGAGGACAAGGUCAAUCAAAUGGUGAAUAAUGGAAACAAUGUGUCGACUACCACCACAGGAAGUACUAAUAAUGUUGGCGUAUUGAAAUUACAUAAUUCGGGAACGAUUGUAAAUACAACAACAACAUCGUCGGGUAGUCAAACACAAUCAAAUAAUGGAUCAACGAAAAUUGAAAUACAAACAACGCAAAGUGCAGCACAAACGAUCGCAAACGCUCAGGUUUGCCUCGACCCGAUGACAAUAAGUGAUGUCGAUUAUACCCAAACGGUGUUAUCAACAAUACAAAACCCGGACGGAACGCUAUCACUAAUUCAAGUCGAUCCAAAUAAUCCUAUCAUAACACUUCCCGAUGGUACAACUGCCCAGGUGCAAGGUGUCGCGACGCUACAUACAACAGCCCAAGGUGAAACAGGUGCAACAAUACAGACCGUUCAACAAUUGACUGAUGCCAAUGGUCAUGCAGAGAAUAUGACUGUGGAUUUAACGGAGGCCACAUUAGGACAAGAUGGUCAAAUUAUAAUUACAGGCGAGGAUGGACAAGGCUAUCCAGUUUCAGUAAGCAGUAUGAUAACAGUUCCUGUAUCAGCAUCAAUGUAUCAAACAAUGGUUGCAAACAUUCAACAAUUACAUCCGAACGGCGAUGGAACCGUGUGUAUAACACCGAUGCAGGUAGAUUCAAAUAACCAUUCAUUUCAAUGCUAUCCAAUACAAGGUUCUACAUCGGGGAAAAUAUUUCGUGCCAUUUUACAAAAUCCUCCAGUUCGUUGCCAAUUGAAUAGUAGUAAUAGUGCCAAUAAUAUUAUCAACAAUAGUAGCACUAGUAGUAAUAGUAGUGUACCAAACGCAACGCUCGUAGCAGCGGCACCGCCUCCAAACACAUUAACGGCUGUUAACAAUAUCAGUCACCAUAAUAAUAGUAAUAAUUCUAGUCAAAAUCAAAAUUCAAUACAAUCAAAAGUCUUUCUAAAUAAUAAUAACAUUUGUCAGAAUAAUAACACCAAUAGUACGCGUGCAUCGUCGAUAAUAUCGAAAACGACACCAAAUAAAAAACGUAAACACCAACAGGAUUCGUCGAAUAUUGUGUGUGAUAAUGAUGUUGAUGAGACAAAACCGAUUGUCAUCAACUCGCAAAACGUUGAGACUUGUUUACCAAAUAAUAUCGGCCCAAACAAUAAUAGCAAUAAUGGCAAUUUUAAGGUGGAGCUUUGUGCAACGUCCAGUCCACCACAGUGUCAGCAUCAAUCACAAACACCUCAACAACAGCCUACCAUAAAAAUUGAGCCGGAUGCUGUUCAAAAUCAAUGAUAGUGAAUGAUUUUGUGCGUUGAAAUGAAAAAGGAAUAAUGUUGUUUUUGUGUCGUUUGGUGGAGACUGUUACGUAGUAAUUUCCAGGGUGGAAAUUUUGCCAGUAUCAACGAAAGUGUGGUUUUCCAAAUUCCAUUUGGAAUCAGCAGAGAAUUGUAGUACUUUUCAAUUGACUGCGCGAUAGGAGGCUUUAUAAUAAUAAUAAUCGUUGGCGCAACAAUCCAUAUUGGAUCAGGGCCUAGAAGUGUGUUAGAGCACUUCAUUCAAGACCUAGGAUAGGAGGCUUUCCUUCCAAAAAUUCCCUGAACCGAAAAACCUAUAUGGUUGAAGUCGAGUGAGUUCGGUAGUCAUAAAAUUUUUAAAACAUUUUCUCAAUGAAAAAUCCAUCGUUUUGCAAGCUUAAGUGGUGUAAGUCGGGUCUUUCUAGACAAUUCAGCGUUGAUUCCAGUUCAAGAUCAAAUUUUGAGCAUAUUGUAUCAUAACCAGAAGAAGAUCUUUCUCUAGAGACUUGAUUUUGGAGGAGUCAUAUGGCUACAUGCAUAUUUUUCAUGAUUAACGUGAUUGACAUCUUUUGCGCUUUAAGGUGGUUCUUUAGCAAAGAGGGCGACGGUGAUCGCUCCCGUGAUUACCACCCAGCUGGUUUUGAGGCAGUAUGUUAGGCAGACGCCACUAGCAUGGCACUUCGUUCCUGUAUAUGAGCAAGGCGCUUAUGGUACACCUCCUUGUUACGAGCACGCCAUAGAGUAGAACAGUUUGGUUCGCACUUAUCGCAAUGCAAUCGUCGGCUUUGAUUCUAUAAUCAUCUCGCCGACUGCAACUGCCAAGAGUCGGAGUUCCUUUUCAGUCGAGAUAGCUACUUCAGUUUUUCCAGCGCAAGACUGAAACAAUGAGCGUUCAUUCAUUUUACACUUCGGAUCAAUGUGCCAAGUCAGCUUUGCGUCUAUUCACUAGUACGUCCGGCAACAAAUACCGCAAGAUCAUCUACCUAACCGACCAGAGUCUUAGCACACUAUCGUAGAAAGCGUUCAGAGAUCUGGCCUUAGAAUGCCCCCUCCUCUCCUCUCGUAGUAAUCUUUAUCCACCGAAUCUCAUUUAGUAGAGAACGGUCACUAAGAUAAUCGCUCAAUAUCCACUCCGCACAUGGAAACAAUGUGCCUAGCAUAAAGCGUUGUAAGGAGCACUACUCAAUCAACGGCUGUGCUCCUUAUCCCGACGACCGCAUCCACGAUUUCCAUGGCGACAACUUCUGUGGAUUCCCAUGCUUUAAACUUAGCUGUCUUGGUGAUAGAUUCCCGGCAGCAUGAUUCACUUUCGGGAGCUUUUCGAGCGUCUUCCCGAUUGUGUAAAUCAUAGAGAGUGGUCGGUAUGCAAGCGGUAGUUCAGAGUCUAAUUUAUCUUUGCUGAUGGUGCGAGGCUCGCCACCUUUCAGCGGCAAGAAGGAAUGCCCCACUGAAGCAAUAUUGCGCUGACUAGUAGGUUUGGCCAAAACUCCAGUUUAUGUACUUCUGUCGAGAUCUUGACGCCUUUUUAUUUUUCAUAAAGAGGAAUGCAUUCUCCAGGUUUUUCAUAGCGAAAGUGAACCAUUCUCUCUAGGUUUCACACUGCUGAUGCACUGAUUGAAACAAUGCGGUCCAUCUGUUCAGCACUAAGCACUGAAACCAGAAUUUAGAACUACCAGCCCCGUUCUCAUCGCCAUUUCCAGGAUUCGUUUCCCUCUGAAACAUGGUCCAUUCAAACGUUCUGUCUGUCCGGUUAUUAGUGACCCUUUCCACUUUGGCCUUUUCUGUAAGGUGAAAAACGUAGUGAAAUGGCGCGCAAACUUCCGGUAUUAGUGGCGACCAAAUUGUUGAAAUCAAAGGACAAAAUGUGGGAUACUUGACCUUCACUCACCGCUAUGUGUAGUCCCUCUGUUGUCCUUCGACGCUUUGCUGGCCGCUUUCGUAGACCCUUGGUUCAUCGUUUCAUUAUGUUUUCGUCCUAAGACAGUCAACAUAUCCGAUUUCUAAAGUGCACAUACAGGAUUUUUUUUUUAAGAAUUGAGGGACUCCACCAUCCACUUAAUGGCGGACCGGACCAGUUGAAAAGCAACAUGCUUUCGCGGUUGCGAUCCGCGGAACCCUCAUCCUUGUGCAAGCACCCAAGAUGCAAAAUUUAAGCGGUUUCGUCCAAAAUGAUCUGUCGCGUUCAGAACUUUUUAAAAUAUGACCCCUUUCUCCAUGAUCCGAUGCACCAUUGCCAAUGCUUCAUUCAAUCAUAGAAGGCGACCUUAAUAUCAAUAACUGGAAUUCUCUUCAAAGCUAUCGUCGCUACUUUUACCACCUUCAGUGUCCCAUGUCGAAUUCCUUUGAAGAUUCUUUUAAUCCUAGGGAGCAAAAUGAAGUUCGUUGAAGCCAAAUCGGGACUGUACGGCGGGUUGGCCAAGGUUGUCAUAUUCUGUUUGGACUUCAACUCAGAGAUAAUGAGCGUGGUGUAGCUUGGCGCGUUGACAUAGCGCAACAUCCAAUUGUUGCAAACCUCCCUUCGGACGUGUCGAACCCUGUUGCGUAAUCAUUUGAGUACUUCAUAUCCUUGUGGUACAAAUUUACAGUAAACCACACCUUUUCGAUACAAAAAAACACUCGUUUUGAUUUGGGGUCAUACUAAAAAAUCUACGUCUUGUCCCCUGUUAUCACUCAUUCCAAAAAUGUUGAAUCCGUUUCAUAGUAUUGAUGAAAUUCCUGGCGCUUCAAUAAGCGCUAUUCCCUUGCCUCACUCGUCAGAACUUCGGUGUCAUAGACUUUCCCCAUUUAAAGAUCAUCUCUUAAAAUGCAAUGAACGGUUGUUUUGUAGUUCCCGAACUCCUAUUUAACCAAUUGAACGCUUAAUGGUCGGUCUUUGUUCAAAACUUGACUGCUUCUUGCGCCGAGUCCUCCGUUUGGGAUGUCGGUAGGCGUCCCGAACCGUCGUCGUCGUUGGCAGACUCCCAAACUUCUCGAAACCUCUUAAGUCACAUGAAAGCUUGGUUUUUUCAUUAUCCUUCGGAGGAAUUUUGAGCAUCUCCAAUUCGUUUCCACCCAGUUUGACACAAAAUUUGAUUGCAGCACGUUGCUCCAUUGCACCUCUACUUCAACAGCUGUUUGCAGGCGACUGGCACCGGCCUCGUUUCGGAACUAGAUGUCUCACCAACUUUUUCGCCUAAAGCUCUCACGUCAAUCCCCACCCCCACCCAGCGUUCUCAAUUACAAAAAAUCAUUCCGGGAAUCUUUGGGACAGCCCCUGUAAGCUGUAGGCUAGAAAACAGAGCCUUCUUUCCUGGUAUCCUCUUGGCAGUCCCUUAGUUAUCCUUGGACUUAACCAGCGAGUACUCUGUUGUCCUUGGUUUUCCAUAUUGAAUAAAUUUCGGCGUCACUGUCUUCGGGUUUGAUCUUAUAUCGGAUCUCAGUGAAGAUUUAAUGAGCAGAGUUGGCGAUCUGAUCCUCCAUUUUUGCUGUACCAUUUGUAUCAGCCUUAAUUUUAGAUCAACGGUUUUCUAUCAGCGGGUUGUUUCUUGUAGCCCUUUGUUUUCUUUUUUGACGCCUUGAAAUCACCUUGAUGAAAUCUCAUCCAAAUGUAUCCUCUUUUCACUUUUUCGCCAGUUCGGUUUUCAAGCCCAGAUAGUCACCCGUUUGGAGCUUACGGUUUUUGCAGCGGGAUGUACAGUUACUUCUGUUUUCCACGUGUCCUCUGUUGCUGAAAUAUGGUGCAGUUACAUCUGCCUGUUUUUCAUUCUUUUACUGAGGGUUUUCUAGACGAACGGUGCAAAUCAAGGUGGUUCAAGCGGGGACGAUAAAGGCUUUCAACAGUAUUUCAGAAACCGACUUCCAACGGGCUUUUGACGAGGGACAGACACGCUGAACUAAGUGUAAAUAAUUUUAAUGAUACCCAUAAUAAAUUUUGAUUUCUAGAACCAGUCCCGAUACUUGUUGAUCGGACCCUGUAGUUUCUCUAGCUUCCCUAAUUCCCUGGUCUUCCUUUGCUGCGGACUUCACAAAGGCUAUUGGAAGAAUAGCACUAGAACAAGAAAAAUUGAUUAAUUCUCUGCAUAAUGGGCUGCACUGUUUCUGGAUAAUUGUCCACCAUAUGAGGCUUUACCGGGUACAGGAUGGAGUUAUAUUCGUUCAAUAUCGCAUUUGAAAUAAUUGCAGCACAGUAUGAUCUCCCAUCCUAAUGAGGCAUUAUAAAUUUAAAAAUUUGGCUCCAACUAGCCAGCGAGAAGGGUCAUUUUUUUGGGAAUUUUUUUUUUGCUUUUCGAUUCGUCACCUACAAACCACGCAACCUUUUUCAUACGGAAACGGAUCCACUCUCGUGACGGGAUUUUCAGGGAUUCGCAAUGUCGUUUCAAACUUCAUCCGUGACACAAUAUUCACCUUCACGACCAAUACAAAAGGAAUCAAUGGUUCUCUUCCGGCUGAUCUCUCUUUCCUGUCUUGAGGAGGUUUUGGACCACGAACCGCAUUGUUAGCGUUCUGGGAUCUUUUAGUCAGAUCCGAGGACAACAAUAAGUACCAGAAUCUCUUUUUCUAUCAGGGCCCCUAUACCGUCCAUCAAGCAGGUCCUAGGCUUGGGUAGAAUUUUUCUCAUAGAUCCCUAGGUGGUCUCCCACUCAUUCAUGUUUUUCCUACAUUUGCUGAAGGUUUUCUAGAGGAAGGUUGCAAACCACAUACGCUGCUCAAUUGCCGCGUAUUUCCUGAUAAGUUUUUCCUCUUCAGUUCUAGAAAAGGCAGUUGGCUGGAUACUAACUAUGUCUAAGGCCAACUGCCCUGUUUCGACGAUAUUCUCUAAACUUAUAUCCGGAACAGGAACACUACAAAGCGUUGGCAUUGCCGUCUCCGCACCGGCAGCCACAUCAGUUUGCGAGACUUCUUCUGUAUUUGGUCGUGUGCAAUUUGGAGUCUCGUUGAUGUUUCAGCCAGCACACAAAUUCGUGUUGUCCCCAGCUCUUCUUCUUCCCCUACUAUCUCUUCGUUUUUGUAUUUUUAAGGUUUUAUGUAAAACAAAACCUUAUUAAAAUCGAUUCAAUGUCUGUCUAUCUGUCUGUCUGUCACACGUAUUUUUCUCCAAAAUGGCUAAACCGAUCCGAACGAAAU